CUGCUAGAGCACGAGUAGCAGGACUUGCGCUCUUGGGAGGACAACAGGAGCAAGAUGGAUCUGGCUGUAGUCUUCAGCCUCGUCCUACUGACUGCGCUUCUCAUUGCCGGGUGGUUUGUUCGGCCAUGCUUCAUCGUCACUAGGCACGAGCUCCUGCAGUCAAUCCCACCUGUUUUUAGGACCCGCUCUGGGGAUUCUGCCUCAAGCAAGUGCCCUGGACUGGAACCCAGUGCCAUCAGGCAGUUCCCCCCCGAGAAGCACCCAUGCAGACUAGCUCUGCAACACUGCAGAGCUCUGAGGAGGACCUGGCCAAUCUUCCCACCACUGCCGGGGAGAGCGCGUGCUCCCGUCGGCAAUGAGGAGGCCGCCAAUGGCGAGGUUCACCGCACGGUUGUUGAAGCUGUCAAUUGCCUUCUCGAGCGCGAUGACAUCAUGGAGUUGCGCGAGUACACAAUCCAGGUCCUGCCCCUGGAGAACAAGCGCAUGGGAGCAUCAGCAGAAGGGUUGCCGGAUUGGAGCUGUGAGACAGACUCGUCAAGGUUUUCAAUAACGACAAUUGAGGGCAAGCGGCCGGAGGUCGCGGCUGGGUACCAGUUUGGGGACCCGCUGCCAAACACCAUGACCCUCUACUGGUCAGAGGCCGGCAAGGAUUUUAAGAGGUCCGUCCAUCAAGAAAACCGCUACAUGGAGGGGCGCGAGCAUCCGUGGGGGAUGCUCACCUUCUUGGCUUUCUAUGUGGUGCUGUACCGCGAGGGCGGCGUCCUCUACAUGACCGAGGCCAUCCCCUACGACCACAAGGAGCCCACAAUAAUCAUGCUCCUCCUCUUCAUCGUCCACUCCAACUACAUGCACCUGCUCAACAAGUAUGGUCGCCUUCCCCCACCUCCCUCUCUCCCCCACCUCGAAGUAGCCCCUCUAAUCCGCGCUGUUGCAUCUACACCGCCCAACCUUGCCCCGCCUCCACCGACCUCCACCCCCUCAACCUCGUACCCCUCCACCCGCCUGCGGCGCUCGUUGGGCAACCAGCCUGUGAAGAAGAAGGCGGUCGGCAUGGACUCUGCUGACCCGUCUACCCCUCGCCAGACAUCGUCCCCGGAAAGCCCGCUCGAUCUUCUGCGAUGGGACAUGCUUUGUGCAUCUGACGUGGUGCUUGGCGUUGGCCGCACCGGAGCGGUCCGCCUGGGAAGAAUUGAUGGGUUAUCCGUGGCCCUCAAGAUUGUCGACCAGGACGCCAAAAACUAUGAGGAGCUGGCGAUGGAGCUUCGGAACGAGUUUAAGGUUUACCAGCGAUUGCGACCCCUCUGGGGGGAUGUCGUGCCGCGCCUGGUUCGGUUUGGGGCAUGUGAUCAAACAUGCCGCGAGAUCCUGGCACUUGAGUACCUCCCUGCUUACCCUCUCAAGGCUGAGUCGGCUAGUGACGAGGUCAAGACGGCCGCGAUUGCAGGAUUGGGCCGGAUCCAUGCCCUUGGUGUCAAGCACGGGGAUCUGCGGGAGUCAAACAUUCUAGUCGUAGGGUCCAAGCCCUUCUUUGUUGAUUUUGGGUUUUCGACUUUGGACGCGUCUGCAGUGGAGAGGGAGGAGGAAGCCGCCGAAUUGCAAAAGCUUCUUGGGACUGAGUGAUGCUGUCCGCCGAUGACGAUCGCAAGGCAGCCACCAUCAACGGAGUCUCUACGAGUACGCUGUUGUAAAGGUGCGCAAGACAGGGCUGAGGGAAUGCUUAAGCUGCAACAACUGACAUUCAAGUCGUUACUGCGCUUUUAUAUGCCUUCCAAAUCAAGAAAAGGCCUACAUGUUUGGCAUUGCACAGUGAUUGUCUAAGAUUGCGCAGG